UCUUAACAAAUUUAGUCAUAGUUCAAAGGGUAUUAGAUGCUUUACUCUUCUAUUCUUUGCAAAAAAUUAGGUAAUAGCAGCUUUACCGAUUAUUCGAGUAUAUUAAUUAGCAUUUGUAUGUAUCAGAAAAAUUGGAUGAACUCAAAGUUAACAUCAGAAAAGAAUAGAGUAAUGUAAAUUUCAAGAACCCCACACUGCUUUCAUCUGUCAUACUUUGCUUCUUAACAAAUAAACAAAAAAGAAAAAGCCAAAAUCUUCUGAGGAAGUUAGGCCAACGGUUAUACUUCUUUACAAUAAAAAAAAAAAUUCACUUGAAAUCAAAGCAAGAUUGGGAUGUUUGAUUUUUGGUCACCAUCUUGAAACCAAUCUUUACCUUCCAGCUCCUGUCAUGUUUGUUCAACCCCAUUAACCUGUUUUUCUCUUCUUGUUUCUUCCUUUUUAUUCCCAACUUUCAUUAGUCUUGUUAUGUAUAUACAUAUGUCCCAUCUUGUUUGGUUUGUUAAAAGUGUGGGACUUUUUUCUUUAGUAGGGUACAUUUUGCUAGCGCACCUUCGUAUCGACUGAAUAAUCACUCUUUUGGUGUCAACCGCACGAGCUGGUUAGAUACGUGGGGCAGAAGGCUUUCUUAAAGGUGGGGUAAAUUUUGCUUCUCUGUAUCGACUGGAUCACUCUUUUGGUGAAGUACGUGGAGCAGAAGGCGAAGGCUAGUAGUAUCUCUUUGAUUGAUCCACUUUCUUAAAGGUGGGAACUUUUUUAUUGAAUUGCGUAGAUUUUGCUUCUCUUUGAGAGUGCACAUCUCUGUAUCGACUGAAUCACUCUUUUGGUGUUAGUAGCAGUGAAGUACACGAGCUGGUUAGAUACGUGGGGCAGAGGGCUUGUAUUAACCCCUUUGAUUGAUCCACCUUUUUCUUCGCUUCGGUAGUGAAUCAUUUCUCUGCUCUCUAUUUUGAUUACCUAUCUUUUCGUUCACUUUCUUAAAAGUGGAAAUUUUUUUGUUGAUGUUCUUGAAAUUUCUGAACCACGCGAGUACGUGAGGCAAAGGACUCUUGUAGUUAGAUACCCCUUUGAUUGAUUCAGCCUUUUCUUGGCUUCGGUAGUAAAUCACCUACUAAAAGGGCCGGCCUGCACACCUUUUCCUCGAAAGUACUAUUACAUAUGAAGUGAUGGUAUGUUACUUACAAGGUUGAAAGUUCUUGGAAAUUUCUCCUUGCUGACAAAAUCAGGUAAAUAUACCUAUUUUUAACUGAAAAGAAGUGUCAUCAUUUCGAAUCAUGAGUAGCCGUUACUUUAUUACAACAGACUCAUUAUGUAAUCCUAGGAUUAGUACUACAACUGAAGUUGUUUCAGAAAGAAUGGAGGAUGUUGAUGUAAGAAGGACACCCUCCUCGUCUUCUUCUCCGUCUUCAUUCUUGAUAAGAAUGGCAAUUAGAAUAUCAAGAUCGAGAUGUUACAUUUUCUUGAGAAGGGUGUUUCAUUAUCAAAAUGGUUCGAGAUCAGAACUUGGUUCAAAUCCUUUCAAUUCUGUGACUUGGAUGAUGAUGGAAUGUAUAGCUCUAAGUAUUCAGAUAAUUGUCACAACAUAUACACUUGCUGUUUCAAAGGGGGAAAGGCCUGUUUGGCCAAUGAGGAUUUGGGUAUUUGGAUAUGAUUUUGGAUGUGUUAUUAGUUUGGCUCUUCUGUUCUGGAGAUACUGGGCAUUAUAUGUCAGGCAAACAGGUGAUUCUGAUAUUGAGCAGCAAAUAAGCCAUGACGAAUCGAGGGCGUUACCGCCUCGGAUGGAGAGAUGCAGGACGUUGAUAGACCUAUUCUUUGCCAUAUGGUUUGUGAUGGGGAAUGUUUGGGUAUAUGAUUCGAGAUUUGGAUCAUUCCAUCAUGCUCCGAAACUUCAUGUCCUCUGCAUAUCAUUAUUAGCUUGGAAUGCUGUCACAUACUCUUUCCCUUUCAUAUUAUUUUUGUUGUUGUGCUGUUGUGUGCCAAUUUUGAGUAGUUUACUUGGCUACAACAUUAACAUGGGAUCGGUAGAUAGAGGUGCAUCUGAUGAACAACUCUCCGGUUUGCUUAGUUGGAAGUACAAAGAAAUUGGAAACGAAGAGGAGAUUACAAGUUCUAAUGAAUGUUGUAUUUGUUUGGCAAAGUACAAAGACAAAGAAGAAAUCAGACAAUUACCUUGUACUCACAUAUUCCAUCUCAAGUGUGUUGAUCAAUGGCUCAAAAUUAUCUCUUGUUGUCCUCUUUGUAAACAAGAAUUAGACCGGUAAUCAACAAACAGAGUUACUCGAUAUCUAUGCUGGUGAAAGGUCACAUGUACUUCAUGAAAUUAAUCGAGGUGCGCGCGAGCUGAUCCGAACAAUUAAAAUUGCAAGAAAUUUAAGUCUCGAUAGUACUUCUUACUCCCACAUCCAGAUUUUCCUUGUUUUUCCUUUUAAUUUUUUUUUUCUUAAUUUAAUUUCUUAAAGAAAAAGUCAAUAUAAAUUGUAUGUAAAAUGUAGUUACUAUAGUGAGCAAAAGUUAUGGUGCUACACUUUGAAGAUAAUCAAAAGAAGUUGAUGGCUGAAUUUUUUUUAUAAUAAGGUGAGAUAUUAUUGUAACUUUCAAUGUAGAAAUCAAAAGCUUUUAAUAGUUACUCUGCCCA